GGCUAUGUGGGAAAAGCGUUACACUUGUUAAUUUUCAUGCUGGAUUCCUGUCUUUUUUUGCAUGUAGACUGAACUCGAUAUUGCUACCUGAAAGUCCUUGAAUCGAGACAAGUGCAUUUUUUGAGGAGUAUUCGUUGGAAUUUCCAAGAUAUAACUCUCCAAAACAGGAACACGUAGUGUGACUAAGUCGUCGAGGAUGAUGUCUGAAAUUCCAUACGAAAAGGUGGGAGAUGUAGAGUCAGUUAAAGGAGAGUAUCACAAAUCACAGAGGUUUUACAGAUGUCUCCUCUUCAUCAUCUCUCUCGCCACGCUGCUGCUGACACUCCUUUUCUUCCAAACACUCCUGGUUCCCAUGGUAACCUCUUCACCUGACAAACCUCAGCACAUGCCAGUCAGAGAGACCUGCACUGACCCCUGUAGAAUCGUUUUAGUGGAAAGUAUCCCUGAGGGUCUGGAGUUCAACUCCUCCGCUGUUCAUCCAUCCAUUUACCAGACCUGGCUUAACCUGAUCUCAGAGACGCGUAGCAGCCUGGACAUUGCCUCCUUUUACUGGACUCUCACAAAUAAGGACACACAGACACAUGAGCCGACAGCCGACCAGGGUGAGAGAAUUCUGAAGGAACUGACGCAGCUGUCAGGGAAAGUGUCUGUCCGCAUCGCUGUCAACACCCCUAAGGAGACUAAGCCUCAGGACAACAUUGAAAUCUUAAAAAAUGCUGGUGCUGAUGUGCGCACAGUGAACAUGCGAGAGCUGACUUCUGGUGUGCUGCACACUAAAUUCUGGGUGGUGGAUAAGAAACACAUUUACAUAGGGAGUGCUAACAUGGACUGGAGAUCUCUGACUCAGGUGAAGGAGCUGGGAGCAGUUGUCUAUGACUGUAGCUGUUUGGCCACUGACCUUGGGAAGAUCUUUGAGACUUAUUGGUACCUGGGACAGAGUGGUCAGGAAAUCCCUUCCCCUUGGCCCAGUGAAUUCUCCACUGUCUAUAACAAGGACACACCCAUGGAGCUGGCUCUCAAUGGAACUGACUCUAGAGUCUACUUAUCGAGCUCUCCACCGUCUUUUUGUGCAGAAGGCAGAACAUCUGACCUGCAGUCCAUCCUGAGUGUAAUUCGUGAUGCUCAUAAAUUUGUCUAUAUCGCUGUGAUGAACUACCUACCCACCAUGGAGUUCUCCUAUCCCAAGAGGUACUGGGCAGAAAUUGACAGUGAGCUGCGCCGUGUGGCGUACGAGCAGCGUGUACAUGUGCGACUGCUCAUCAGCUGCUGGAGCGCCACAUCACCCACCAUGUUCCCCUUCCUGAAGUCUCUGGCUGCUUUGCAGGAUUCCAAGGCCAAACUGGACGUUCAAGUUAAAAUCUUUACUGUGCCUGCCACUCCCCAUCAGAAAGAAAUUCCAUAUGCUAGAGUGAACCACAAUAAGUAUAUGGUGACAGACAAGGUAGCUUACAUAGGCACCUCUAAUUGGUCUGGAGACUACUUCGUGAACACGGCUGGAUCGGCAUUGGUAGUGAACCAGACAUCAGCUGACUCCUCUGCACCAAUAGUCCAGAAACAGCUGCAGGCUGUGUUUGAGAGAGACUGGGAUUCCCCUUACAGCACACAGCUCAACCACAACACCAACCACAUGGAUAUGUGCUGAAACCCACUUGUAUUCGGCCAUGUGGACUCCAAGCCAGCAGGAAGAGCUACAAACUAUUGUCUCAGUUCCUUCACAUAAUUAGAUUGAAAUCAGUUAUUAAUUUGGUAAUUCAUGAUUAAAUCAUACAACUUUACAUUAGCCAAGCAGUUAGUCCUUAGGUAUGUUACAUUUCUAUACAGUAUUUUCUUGUUUUCAGCAAGUGCAGUCAACACUGAGGUCUAAGGUAUAAUGUCAUUGGAGUAAUGCACCUCUGAAAUAGCAGGUAGCUAAUCAGAAGCUUUACAGAAAGCUUCACCAGUUAAUAACCCUCUCAAUCUUAUCUCUAAACAACCCUCUAGAUCAGGGCUGUCAAAAUCCAGCCCUGGACAGCCACUGUCCUGCUGCUUUUCUCGUCAACCAACUACAUGUGGUCUCCGAUUGGCUGGAGAAAGCACACACAUGUAUUCCAUGUAAGAAUCAGCAUAUGAUAUGUUUAUUAUAAGGCAGCAGGAUUGUGGCUCCCCAGGACUGGAUUUUGACACCACUGCUUUAAUUGAGGUUAUGAUGCAUUGCACUGGUUGAGAUAUUUUAGUUUUACAACGAUAAUAUUAACAUCUGAUAGUAACAGCAGUGUAAGAGGCUGAAAUCAGUCUUAAUUCUUGGCCUUUUGCACUUACACUGUUUCCAUCCUUCAAGAUGCUCAGUGUUAGCAUCUUAGAACCUCCAUCUGUCAGUUUAAAAAUCAGUGAAUCUUUCCUUAAAAUUAUGCAGAUGUAUUCUUUGCAUAUGCUAAAAAAUGGAAAGUAUUCUCACUUUGUAUAAUCAGCAAUAAUGUCCACUGUUCUUCAGAUUAAUUCAUUUGCAGGUCUGUGGUCAGCGGAAGCACAAAUAUAUGUAGUCAGUUAAGUUACCAAAUGGGCAAUAUCUCUAAAGUAUGACUCCUCUCCUGUAUAUUUUUGCACAUACAGUAAAUUGUUUACAUUUGUGUUAUAAUUCUAAUCUCAGGGAGAGGCUUUAGGUAUUGUGCUGUAAAUAUGGAGAAUAUCCUUUAAUGCCAGUUCAUCUCUCUUUUUCAGCAUUUGCUAUGAGUGCCACAUGUGCCAAAAUUCAAAGGGCAUGAGUUUUAAAUGGACUGAUUUUUCACUUGCCUUUAUUUUUUGUGCUGAUCAAAAUCAUACUUUGUAUAAUUUUAAGAUGUGAAAUCUUAUUUUUCUAGAUUGUGGCUUGUUGUAUUUUGCACCACAGGGUCUGUCAAUUACACAAAGACUGUUACCAUGGUAACUAUAGAGGCUCAACUUGUAACAAGCAUUCUACUUUUUAGACAGUAAACUUGCUGGCCCUCAAAAAAGUUUUAAAUGUCAGCCAAAACCUUUAGGUAUGUUUUAAUAAAUUAUGUUUAUAUGCAGUUUUCCUCCUAGAAGUUUCACUCAUGUGACUUUAUUGAUACUUUUCUCCUGUUAAACAUG